UUUCUCCUCACGAUCCGGGAGUGCUUGCGACACGUAUGCGACGGUGAUCUCUGCCACUUUUUUCGCCUACAAAGCCUGCGACGCCCGCUACGCAGCCCGCCCGUCAACAUGGGGAGGAAUCGUGCCGUGUCCAACGCCUCGACGCGGAGCAGUGAGCCGCCUUUACAAGAGCUGGGGAGCAUGUAUGACUACCUAGCCAAGGUGAUACUGCUGGGUCCCAGUGGUGCGGGCAAAUCAUGCCUCCUGCAUCGCUUUGUCAAGUCUGAGUGGCGCGUGCUGUCGAGCCAGACUAUCGGUGUAGAAUUCUCGUCCAAAAUCGUCCACAUUGCCGACCGCCGCCGCUCUCCCUCGUCGUCGGCAUCGCGAAAACGAAUGAAGCUGCAGCUCUGGGAUACGGCCGGUACAGAGCGCUUCCGCUCCGUGUCGCGCUCCUACUAUCGCGGGGCCGCGGGCGCAAUACUGGUCUAUGACGUGAGCAGUUGGCGGAGCUUCGAGCAAUUGCAGACGUUUCUCAACGAUGCACGGGCGCUGGCUGGACCAGACCUGACCAUUAUACUUGCAGGGAACAAGAGCGAUGUGGAGAACGAGGGGGAGCCUGUGGGCGUGGCUGGCAGUCAUGGCGCAAGCGGUGGCGGGGGGUAUGCCAGUUAUGGGAGUACACCGAGUUCAGAGAGUGGACUGCCGCCGCCGACACCGUCGUCACACUCUAGUCGAGCCAGUCUCAACGCAAAUCUCCAUGCUUCGUACACGAUAGCCCCGGAGGGCCGCGAGGUCCCGACCGAGACGGCGUCGCGAUGGGCGGGCCAGAAUGGAAUACCGGUUGCUGUAGAAGUGUCUGCUCUCAAUGGAGAGAAUGUGGACGAGCUGUUCAACAGGCUGGCGAGGAUGAUCUUGGCCAAGAUUGAGCUGGGCGAGAUCGACCCCGACGAUCCCGCGAGCGGUAUACAGUAUGGCGAUUUGGGCUGGGACGAUGGUGGCGGGAGUGUCAAGAGUGGGUUUGGCGACGAUGGCGUUAGAUAUCGCCGGAGAGGGAAGAAACCUGGCGGCCUGGGUGAGUGGGAAGAAGUGUUUAGGCUCGGGGGGAGCAGGCGCAAAAGAGGAUGUUGUUAAUGAGGGCCGAGAAACACACAAGACUACAGGGUACGACGGCCAUGGCAUCUGAUGGAUCUAGAUAUUUCGUUGUGUGUUUGAUUGAAGUUUAGAGUCCGGCGUGUUUCUUGCAGUUAGUAGUAGGAGGAGGAGCUCUCGUUACACGGCAGACACAGCAUGUGUGGUUCUUUUUUUCUUCUU